UCUCAACAAACAUGACCCGUCCAAUAUGCACCCGCUUCGUUUUCGUGCUUGCCUCCGAUCCGAUCCGAUCCUGGUCUAAUUUCCCAUCCCUCCCGCUUAUCCAAAUUUUCGUUUUUCAAAAUUCGCUCCAUCUUCCCCACAAAAUACACACAGCACAGUCGAGCGAGCGAGAGAGAGAGAGAGAGAGAGAGAGAGAGAAUGGUGUGUGGUGGCAACAACACAUUUGCCAAGACCAUAUGCUCAAUCUGCUACGAGGAUCUCAACCCCAUCACUGAAGACCUCCAAUCCAUCUCCAUUUGCGGUCACGUCUUUCACGAGCUCUGCAUUCAACAAUGGUUCGAGUACUGUUCAAAUGCAAAGAAGAAAAACUGUCCUGUAUGCAAGCAGACCUGUUCAGAGGCGAGUGUGAAUCGGCUUUAUUUCCAGUCAGUUGGUGAUCAGGCUCUCUCUCAGCAACCAAUCAACUGCGAAGAAAAUCCAGGGGAGUUGAGCAGGGAGUUUGAGAAAUUGGAGGGGAAGAUUUUGGGGCUCCGUUCGGCUCUAGAGCGUUCUCAGAAUGAUGUCAAAGAAAUCAAAGAGGAGCUGAGUUUAAGCAAGAAGCAGACUGAGACAGAAGCAGCGUCGAAGAAUGUAGUUAUGCAGCAGAAUGUGUCAAUUCAACAGCGGAUUCAGUCUAUUCAACAGUUGCUUCAUCUGAAAUCAGAGGAACUUGCUAAAAAAUCGUUGGAAUCCACAAGUCUACAGCAAAGGAAUAUGGCCUUGGCCAAAGAGCUAGCAGAAUUAAAGCUGGCCUGCGAUUGGAACUUGGAGAAAGAAGAGGUUUUGAAGCUUGCUUCUUUAGGUAACAAGGCCAGCAACAAGGAUGAGGUAUCCACUUUAGUGAAGACAUUGGAUUUCCGCAACAAAUGUUACAAAGAUUUGAUGGCGAAAUGUAAUGGUCUAGGAAGUUCUCUUCGUAAACUUGAGAAAAAAAAGAGGAAAAUAACAAAACUGAAGGCAAGGAUACAAGAACUGGAGAUAGCAGUUGAGGUGAAAGAUAAUGAAAUCUUGAGGGCUUUAAAAUCUUCCAAAAAAGAUACUCCUGGUUCAGUUUUACCGAAUGGUGCGAAACAGAAUUCUAAUUCUUCAUCCAUCAACAAGCACCCAGACUGUCUUUUGGAGGAACCUGCUCAACAAAAAUUUCAUUUGGAUCAAAUUGAAAGCACAACCAAUCACUUAUUUUCUUGGAAAAUAGAAAAGUUGAAGCCUUCCAAAGAUGCAAGCAUAACUAAUGCUAAAGAUGAUAAAAGUACCAUUGCUGUUGACAAAGUGAAACAUUCCUACGUUAUUUUAGACGAGGAUGAGCCAGAAGUUUCUACUGUCGUGAAUGACAUGCGUGAGAUUUCACGACCUGAUUUGGAACAUCAGAUCCUUGAGGAUUUUGCUGUUGAGAAAAGCUGUUUGUCAAAGCCAGAGGCAGCUUCAGAUACAAAAGGUGAAGUUUACAGACCAUGUGACAGUAAUAUUGAAAUGAUGCCCACUUCAUCUGCUGCUAUCGACAAGGACACAGUGUUAAUUCUUGAUGACAUUAAACAAGUUCAGUCGUUCGUUAGUGUUGAACAGGAAAUUCCAAGUCCAGUUCCAAUUUACCAACCAGGAGAUCUCUGCUUUACUGGUGGGUUGCUAGGUCCUGAUGGAACUAAAAGGCACUUGGGUAAAUGGUGCAAGCGGGUCCAGGGUAACGGGUCAGGGGUAUCAUCUGCGGCAAUGCAAGGAUCAAGUGCAAGUAGUGGUAAUUUAGUUGCUGUUGGAGCUGAUGGUAAAGGUGGCAAAAUUAAAGUGCUGAGAUCUCCACAUCAGUCAUCAUUGGAUGGUAUGGAAACUUCACAUGCGGCAAAGAGAUGCAAGUAUGGAGCCAAAUCAGGUACUUCGCCAUCUCAAGGAAGCUUGCAAAUAGAACACUUCUUCCGAAGGGCAGGUCAAUAAUCAAAUUUGGAAAGUAUGCACAGUUUUGUUUUUUAUGUGCCAUUUUUCUGUAUAAGGACGAGAUAAGUUGAUUUAUCUAACCAUUUGAAUGAGGAAAGAUGAAAAAGGAUGUAGCGUAAUUGUUUGUGUUUGAGUUCUUGGCUGUUUUGCAUUAUUUUAUUUAGCUGGAAGAUAAAAAUGUGUAACGCGGAGCAAGUUUACCCUGCCGUUGUAUUUGUUGGAAAUUUAUUAUUUUAAUAUUAAAUUUAUGUACAUUUUCUG